AUGGACAGUUUAGAAAAUCUCCUCUGCAGUCUAAUUGUCCCUGCCAAGCGAGGUAAUAAAAAGAGAACAACUCCCAUGGAAGUCACUUCUGAUUCCACCCUAGAAGUUUCAAAGAAAACCAAAAAGACUGCCAAAAAGAAGUCUGCCUCGACCGGCAUAUCCAUUGAACCUGAGAAAGCCGCACCAACAAAUUCUUCUAUACCAGCAACUACGAGCUCUGGUGGACAAUCUUUAGGGUAUUUCCUUCAGUUUGGGAGAUUGCCAUCAGAAGACCCAAACAUGCACCUCUUCAACUUCGAAGAGCUUUGCCAGACAUUCAAGAUGAACGGAGUCAGCGAUGACGCCAUCAGGCGGAGGCUGUUCCCAUUCUCACUAAGGGAGCGAGCCAAGAGUUGGUUGGUAUCUUUGCCACCUAAUUCUAUCAAAACUUGGGAGGAAUUGGCCCUAAAAUUCCUUUCCAAAUUCUUUCCUCCUACGAAGAUUACCAAGCUAAGAGUUGACAUCAACAACUUCACCCAGCAUGAUAAUGAAUCUCUUUAUGAAGCCUGUGAGAGAUUCAAGGAUUUAUUGAGGAAGUGUCCGAACCAUGGGAUUGAAAGGUGGUUACAAGUGCAGAGAGGUCCAAUUAAAAAGGUUGUGGGAAUUCAUGAAGUUGAUGCAAUAACCAAGUUGACAGCCCAGGUAGAGGCAUUGACAAAGUUGGUGACUACACAAGCAAAACAAGCUCUAGUUGUCUGUGAGCUGUGUGGAGGAUCUCAUGCCACUGACACCUGCCCUAUAGAUGUCGACAGUUUGCCAAUGGAGCAAGCCCACGCCAUUGGAAACUAUCAGAAUAAUUAUGAUCGUCAGCAGAACUUCCAAAAGCAGUUUUAUCCUCAACAAAAUCAAUCUCAGCAAAGCCAACAAUAUCCACAACAACAACAAGCCUCUAGUGGAGGGUCUAAUCCAGCUCAAGGUAACUUGCCUAACACUACUGAAGUAAAUCCAAAGGAGAACUGUAAUGCAAUUACCUUGAGAAGUGGUAAGACCUAUGCUGGGCAAGACAAAGACAAGCCAAAGGAGGAAGAUGAUGUAGAGACAACACCGACACAACUAAAGGAGAAGACUACUGAUGGCCUUCCACAGAAAGAAACUCCACCUCUCAUCAGCAUUGACCAUCACAUCAAAAUUCCCUAUCCUCAAAGACUACACAAGAACAAGAUGGAUAAGCAAUUUUCAAAAUUUCUUGAAAUAUUUAAGAAAUUGCAUAUCAACAUCCCAUUCAUAGAGGCUUUGGAACAGAUGCCAACUUACCUGAAGUUCAUGAAAGAUAUUCUAUCCAAGAAAAGGAAGUUAGAAGAAUUUGAGAUGAUGACACUUACUCAAGAGUGUAGCGCAGUCUUGCAAAAGAAACUACCACCCAAGCUAAAAGAUCCAGGUAGUUUCAACAUCCCAUGUUCAAUAGGGGGUUCAAUACAAACAAAAGCUUUAUGUGAUCUUGGAGCCAGUAUCAACUUAAUGUCACUAUCUAUGUUCAAAAGAUUAAAAUUAGGAGAAGCUAAGCCCACAACAAUCACUUCACACAUGGUAGAUCGUUCUUUGACUCAUCCUCGGGGUAUGAUUGAAGAUGUUUUGGUAAAGGUUAGUAAGUUCAUCUUCCCUGCUGAUUUCUUAAUACUUGACAUGGAGGAAGAUGAGAAUAUUCCUAUCAUUUUGGGGAGACCAUUCCUAGCAACGGGGAGAGCAUUAAUAGAUGUGCAGAAGAGGGAGUUAAAGUUGCGUGUUCAAAAAGAAGAAGAAACUUUCAAGGUAUUUGUCGCAACUGAAAUUCCUACUUGUUAUCGAAUGGAAGUUGUAAAGGAUGGUCGAGAAAUCACUACUAACAAGAAGAAAGGGAAGUCUAAAGAACACUUUCGAACUUUUUGA